AAGAUGGCGGCUCCCUUGCUGGAGACAGUGUCGGAGUCUUUGGGCUCUCCGGAACCGGCGGUCCGGCUCAUCCUGUCCAUCCUGAUCGCACGCUGUGUGUCUGCAGGCGCUCAGCUGUACCACUCUGUAGUAUGUGUGCUGGUUCAGUUCCUGAUGCUGAGGCUGAUGGGGAGGACGGUGACGGCGGUCCUGAGCAGCUUUACGUUCCAGAUGAUCUACCUGCUGGCAGGUUACUACUACACAGCCACUGAGGAGUACGACAUCAAGUGGACCAUGCCUCACUGUGUCCUCACGCUGAAACUCGUCGGUCUGUCUUUUGAUUACUACGACGGCGGGAAGGAGCCGUCCCAGCUGAGCUUGGAGCAGAAGAAAGCCGCCCUGCCAUCGGUUCCGUCGCUGCUCGAGGUCUGUGGGUUCUCCUACUUCUACGGAGGCUUCCUGGUUGGUCCUCAGUUCACCCUGAGAAGCUACCAGAGGCUUGUGGCGAGAGAACUGACCGACUCUCCUGGGAAACCCCCCAACAGCGUUGUUCCGGCGAUGAAGCGGUUCUCUCUGGGGUUCCUGUGCCUGCUCAUCUACGCCAUCUUCAGUCCUUAUUACCCCGACAGCUACUACCUGACAGCAGAGUACGAGGCUCAGCCCUUCUGGUACCGCUGUGUGUUCAUCCUGCUGUGGGCCAAAAUCGUUCUCUAUAAAUACGUCAGCUGCUGGGUUAUCGCUAGUCCUGUAGAGGACGUAGAGCUGCUAAAGGCCUUCCUGCUUCCAUGUUUCUCUGCUUUCAGACACGUGUUCAAGCGGCUGAAGUUCCUGGGAAAUAAGACUUUAUCUCAUGUGACCACGUUGUUCUUUCUGACCAUCUGGCAUGGCCUCCACUCCGGAUACAUCUUGUGCUUCACCAUGGAGUUCUUCAUCAUCACUGUGGAGAGACAGGCCCUGGCUCUGGUCCGGGACAGUCCUCUGCUCUCCAAACUGGCCAGCAGCCCCCUGUAUCCCUUCAUCUACGUGGUCCAGCAGUUCAUCCACUGGCUCUUCAUGGGAUACCCUCUGGUGCCAUUCUGCCUCUUCACCUACGACAAGUGGCUGAAGGUUUAUUCUUCCGUCUAUUUCUGUGGUCACAUUUUCUUCCUCGCAACCUUUUUAUCGAUACCGUACCUCCGCAAGGCGCUGGUACCGAAGAAAGAGCGCCGAGACAAGAAGCAGGAUUAAAACCUGGUACGAGGACUUGGCACGGUCUGAGGCUGCAUCUCCACUGAAGGGAACUGUGACUCUCAAGGAGCAGAACGGGAAAUAUUUUAAGGCCUUUAGUAAUAUAUAUAUGUCCAUGUACAAAUAAAUUUCUAUCUAUUUUUGUGUUUUGGAGGGGAGGAGGUGUUUUUAUAAGCAAAUGUUUACAGGAAAUUACCGUUGUGCCACGUGGGGGAAUUGUGAGCCAAUCAGGGGCAGUUUCCUGUUUGUUAGUUAGUUUGAGAGACUCGAUGCUGUCGACAGAUUUGCACUCAGCAGUGACGGGUUCAGUCUUCGUUGUUGUCCAGGUCUGAGGAGGGGAAGCCGACUGGAGCUCCGGAUUCAACAGACAGACGCUGAUCUUUAACCAUCAGGGGCUCGUUUCAUGUUGAACGGCUGCCGGUGGUUCUACAAACUGUAAAUCACAUGUAUGUUCACCAACACCGACUCCAAAUGGCCUUGUACUGAUGAAUGUUUUUACAGUACAUUUGUUCUGGUUUUCAUUUGAUUUGUGAUGAAAAAAAGACUUGAUUUUAUAGAGUUUUAACAGCUUUUAUGAAAACCGACGUUUUGUAGCUUUUGGAUAAGAUUUCAUGAACCAAUGUUGUCCCUGUGUUCACUCCUCGGAUUUAUACUCUGACAUCACAUGUUCACGUGAAGAACCGGUCCAUGUUCUGCUCAUGUUUCACUCUGUGAGCUGAAGCUGUCUGUCUCCUGUUCAACCGAAAGAGUUGAAAACAGUCUGUUAUCCAGAGUUGCAAUGAUUAAUCGAUGAACUGUCAACCACUCAGUUAAUCACCGACAUAUUUAUAAUCAAUUAAUCCCUUUGAGUCUUCACAAAAAACACAAAUUCUCUGAAAGAAAACCUCUGAUCACAGCCUCUGCCUUCUAUUGAUCGUUGCAGCUCUGCUCUCAAUAAUCUCCAAAUAUUUUCUUGAUAUGAGGUUUGAUUAUUUGAUCAAAAACAGUAAAAGUUCAACGUCUCUGGUCCCUAAA